AUGGAGCAUGAUCUCCAUUGUCUGUCAGAUCAUGUCCCGAUCUGCACGGAUCUUGAUAUCGGUCCCGAACUGCCCAGAUCUGGGCAAUGGACAAUUAAACCCGGAAGCGAGGCUGAAAAGUCUUUCAUUUCGGACAUUCUCCGGGAUCUUGUGGCUGUUCCUGUUGCAGCCCCGGCAACGAAGGAAGGCAUUGAAGCUUUAGCUGAUGCUAUUGCGACAGCGUUUUUGGACGUGUGGCUUGCCCACUCGACUGAAUCCAAACCUACCAAGCGCUCCAAGUCCUGGUGGACAGACAAGUGCUCGGAAACGUUCGGAGUAUAUCAGUUGAGCCGUUCGUCACGAAUUUGUUCAAAUCCAGCUCUGCCAUGUAUAACUUCUGAAAAUCCAUUUGAAAGCUGCUGGCCAUGGGGAAGAUAUUUUGAUAGAUACGAGCGCGUCCACACCUUAACUGAGAGCUUUGAGCCCUUUGCGCCCGAAGCUCGCCCAGGCGAUCGGUUACUGGACCGCUAUGCGGACCGUCUCCACUUCAACAAGCGUGAUCCUACUCAGGAUAGGCGUCCGUAUCUAGACGAGCUCAUCGCGAGAGCGAGGGCCGACCCACUAACAGUACUGGCUGCAACUGAUGGCUCUGUCCCUCAGUCCAACCAGUAUCAGGCGACUUCGGCUGCCAUCAUCUACAAGGGGCAUCGCGAGCUCAAAAGGACUUGCUAUGUCUCUGGCAGAGUUACCGCCCCAGAUGCGGAACUCAAUGCCAUCUCGUGCGCAGUGCGCCUUGCGGUCAAGCAGGCAAACUGCCAACAUAUUAUGGUCUUUACUGACUCUAUGGGCUCAGCCCAUAGAGCGGUUGACCCCGGCAUGCAUUCUGGUCAGGCUUUUAGCCUGUCAGUCUGUCGCGCUCUUCAAGAGUGGUUUGAGGCGGAUGAUCUCCGCCGCAUUACCUUCAUCUACGUCCCAUCUGCACUGCGGUGGGAUAUUCAUGGUGAAGCACACAAGUACGUCACCGAACUCAAAGUCAGGGUUGGACGUCGCAAGACGGAUAACUACCCCCGAUUUCUCGGGGACAUUGCAGCUUUUAUGAAGUACAACCCUAUGGCGUUUGGCUUCAACCGGGACCCUUCGGGUGUCGGAUAA